AGGGUACUGAGUCAAAGGCCACACUCUCAUAUCGUUUCACUUUUCAAAUACACAAGGCUGAAAGAUGCCAACUCCGAAUCCUAAUGGCGGUGUAAUGAAGAUUGAAGCAAUGUUGGAGAAGGGACAAGCUCGCUUUACAAAGGAAUGUUGCAUCUACAGGGUUCCCCAUAACAUCCGCAAGCUUAAAGAAGAUGGAUACACUCCAGAGAUUGUUUCCAUUGGUCCUUUUCACCAUGGAAAUGAAAAAUUGCUAAAGAUGGAGGACCAUAAAAGAUUAUAUUGCAAACAAUUCAUUGAAAGAUCCGAGACAAACAAGUUAGAAAGUUUUGUGAAUUGCGUGCAAGAGCUUGAGCCAAAGAUUCGUGGUUGUUACUCAGAUGACAUCAAGCUUAGUAAGGAAGAACAUGUUAUGGUGAUCUUGGUGGACUGCUGCUUCAUAUUAGAGUUUCUACUCAGGUACCAUUUCAUGCUUACACGUGGCGACGAUGCUAUUCUUUUGCCACCACGGCUAAGGCUUUAUAUACAAUAUGAUUUGUUGUUGCUUGAGAAUCAAGUCCCAUUCUUUGUUCUUGACAAGCUUUACAAUCUGGUUUUUCCUUCUACCUUCAUUGGUGGGAGCGAGAGCCAGAGCCACGACAGGCAUCCUUCAUUGUUAAGUCUCGCUCUUUAUCAUAUAGUUCCUGGUAGAAUAAUCUUUCCUGGUGAUUUUAAGGGUGACUUAUCAGUAUCCAAUGUUGGUGGAAUAGCUCAUUUCACAGAUCUUUCUAGAAAGCUUCUAUUAUUGUCCUGUAACUUAUCAAUCUCUAGAUGUUCAAGAGAAGCACAGAUAGUGCAAAUUUAUAGUGCAACUGAGUUGAAGGAAGCAGGAGUGAAGUUUGAGGUAAAGAAAGCUAGUCAAUGCUUACUAGACUUGCAACUUUUUGGUCAUACUUUGAGAAUUCCAUUCUUUAGAGUGGAGGACACUACUGAAGUUGUUUUGAGAAAUUUGUUAGCUUUCGAGCAAUGCCAUUGUAUCAAUGAAUCCUAUCUCGCUGACUAUAUCGUUGUCUUGGAUUUUCUUAUCAACACAGACAAAGAUGUGGAUUUGCUGAUUAAGAAAGGAAUAAUUGAGAAUUGGUUAGGUGAUAGCAAUGCAGUGGCUAAAAUGUUCAAUGGCCUUGCAGUGAACAUUUUGACUCCAGAUUUUAAUGAGAAAUAUUCCCAUAUUUUUCAAAGGUUGAAUGCUUUUUGUGCACGCCCUUGGAACAAAAAGGUUGCGACUUUGAGGCGCGAUUAUUGCAACACUCCAUGGAAGACGGUAGCUUCCAUUGCUGGAAUUUUUCUGCUUGUUCUCACUGUUGUUCAGACAGUAUUUUCUAUUCUCCAAGGAGUACACUAGUACUAGAUUAAUGCUUGAUAUCUUUGUAUUUG